UUCGAUUACGAGCACUACUAAUUAUCGAAAUCGGGUUUGUGCUAUCGACCAUCUCAAUUGCAAAUUUCGGGAAACAAAAAAAUGACGACGGAAAAGAACGACCAACUGAGACAACAGCUCAUAGCGGCGGUUGUGAAGAAACGAGCGGCGAUUGCGCGGGCCCAUGAAAUCGUGGUGCGACUUUUGGAGCCCGGAAUACCUGAGCCCGAGUUCCUGUCCCUGCUCUGGGAGAUUAAUCCUCCAAAUUAUGCAGACAUCGUGGAUGAGCGGGAAAUAAAUAAACUAUGUGGAUAUCCACUUUGCUCCAGCACCUUAGAGAACAUUCCCAAACAAAAAUACAGCAUUUCCGCUUCAAAAAACAAGGUAUACGACCUGACAGAGCGCAAGAAAUUCUGCUCGGGAUACUGUUUCAAGGCCUCCGAACACAUCAAGUCUCAGGUGCCCACAUCGCCGCUGUGGCUACGCGAUCGGGAGACGAGGACCAGCUUCCAGUUGCUGCCUCGAAAUACUUGACCAAUACGUGCAGCUCUCAAAGCGUUUAUUUAUUUCAUUAAUAAGCAUUAAGACCAUUUGUUCAUUACA